AUGGCGUUGGAUCAUACCAAAAGUACCAAAAAGCAUACAGAAAAAUGUCCGGCCAAACCCCGUAAGGUAUGCCCUGGUUCGGCAGGGAAGAAAAAGAAGGCCGUUCUCAAGAGUCUCAAGAAGGGACCUGUGUGCUCCCCAAAAGCCCGCUUACCCGGCAGAGGUGGUGAUGGAGGCGGAGACGGAACAGGCUUAAAAAGAGCUUUAGAGCCUGGAAAAGUUCGCCUGGGUUUCAUUCCUGACGAAUGGUUUCGUUUCUUUAAACCAAUGACUGGAGUUUCUGGUCCCUACCUAUUUAUGUUGGGUCUCGGAAAUUAUUUAGUGAGCAAGGAAAUCUAUGUAAUGGAACAUGAAUACUAUUUGGGACUCUCAAUAGCCCUAACGCUAUAUUUGAUCAUCACGAGGUUCGGUAAGCAAAUUGGCUCUGCUCUAGAUAAAGAAGUUGAUGCAAUAGCAAACGCAUUAGAAAAAGGUAGGAGCGAUGAGCUGAAUGGACAUAGUAAUGAAAUAAAAAAAUGUGAAACCGCAAUAUGGAGAGCACAAGGACAGAAGGACUUGAUAGAUGCGAAAAAAGAAAAUAUCGCUAUUCAGUUAGAAGCUAUUUACAGAGAGCGAAUGAUGACUGUGUAUAAAAGUGUCCGAGGCCGAAUGGACUAUCACGUAAGAAGGCACAUGGUUGAAAAUCGGAUAAGACAGAAGUGGAUGGUCCAAUGGAUUUUGCAAAGUGUUGAAAAAGCUAUAACUCCCGAAUUCAAAAAGAAGGUGAUGGAAAAGGCUAUCAGAGAUUUGGACGCUCUGGCAGCGAGUCGUGGUCAGAAGUAA